AAUUUUGCAUGAAUCUAAUCAAAUCAAAUCGGCAUUUUUAUCACGGUAAACUUUUUUGUUGCGGCCGGCUUGGAAGUAUUUUGUUUUAUAUAAAUAUCAGCUAAGCAUUAAAUGACUCUGCCUUCAAUAAAGAACAAAUUUUAAUAAUUCAAAGCCUUGUUUUCAAUAAACAACAAAUCGUUAAUUUAUAUUUUUGUUAAGAAGAAAUUUACACCAAAAAUUCCCUGUUUCAUACUAGAAACAUCCAGAUUGUAUCUUAAUCUGUAAAUUAGAAUGGAUAAAAGGUAUUUAGACAACCCAUUUGCUGAUUAUCAGGAUGGCCAAGAAAUCGAAUACGAUGAGGAGCACGUUAAGAAUUUGAUUUGCACUUAUGUUGACGCGAUUUUGGAAACCACCCAACCGAGCAAUGAGAACGAAGAUCAUAGGGGUGACUUGUAUGUUGGGAAUUCGGGAAUUGCUUACAUGUUUUGGCGCCUGUCGAGAUCAGAAAAAACCAACGAUCUGUAUCCAGCUCUGGAUCACGCCCAGACCUAUAUUCGCAGUGCCAAAGCCAAUGCCAAUCGAUACAAGAAGCGACCCAGCGAACGUUAUGCGUUUUUAUGCGGAAAUGCCGGUAUCUAUGCCGUGUCGGCAGUUAUCUCUAAGGAUCUCAAUAAGACUGAAGACUUUGAAAGUGAUUUGGCGAACUUCCGGGACGGCAUCGCACCCGCCAGGGAGUUUGUCUUUACCAAACAUGGUUGUGACGAAGUGCUAGUGGGACGCGCUGGCUACCUAAGCGGUUGUUAUUGGCUUAAUGACGUUUUGACGAAAAUGAAGCAAUUUGAUUGGUUUGAGGACUAA